AUGUGGCUGCAGAUCUUACUUGUCCUUGGCAUUGUGGUCUGUAGCUUUUCUGCACCCACUCGCUCACCCGCCCCUGUCACCCAGCCCUGGAAUCAUGUCAAUGCCAUCAAAGAAGCCCUGAGCCUCCUGAAUAACACGCCUGACAUAGAGAAUGAAGAUGUAGAAAUUGUCUCUGAAGAGUUCUCUGUCCAGAGGCCAACAUGUGUGCCGGCCCGCCUGAGGGUAUACGAGCAGGGCCUACGGGGCAACCUCACCAAACUCAAGGGCACCUUGAACAUGAUGGCCAGCCACUACCAGAAGAACUGCCCCACCACCCCGAAAAAUGACUGUAAGACACACAUCACCACAUAUGAGGAUUUCAUAGACAACCUUAAAGGCUUUCUGUUCGACAUUCCCUUUGACUGCUGGAAGCCAGUCCAGAAAUGA